AGGACCACACGUUUGGACUGUGGGGGGAUGAGUGUUUUACUGCUCGUGGCCUUGCCGCUGGCGGCUGCUGAAGUGACAACAGAGGUCCUGUCCGCACGAGAGUGGCAAACAUGGGGUGGUCCAGGCGGCGAUAUGGCAAGUGCCAGCCCCGCAUCUGUGCAUCCAGUGGUGAAACCUGGAGAUACGAUUUUCUUAAGGGCGUACAAUGGCAAAUACCUGGGUGUCAAGGAUUUCAAGGUGGGAGCAAAAUCAUCUCGAAAGGAGUCUGCAGAGGCCUUCAAAGUUGACAAACGUUCCGUGGGAGAUGUCUACCAUGAAGACAGGAUUUUUCUGACCAGUACGAAUGGUUUUCGAUUGGAAGUCAAUGGUGACCAGGUGAGCUGUCUCAAUGCUCAGCGGGGGCCGAGACAGGAGCUAGUCAUCGAACGCAACGGGCCAAUGGCUCACCCGGUGGCUGUUGGUGACAUGAUCUUCCUGCGCGCGCACACUGGAAAUCACCUUGAUGUCGUGGGGGAGACCGUGAGGGCACGAUUCCCUCGCAAGGGCUUGGGCUACCAUGCCUUCAUUGUGGAGAAGCAACCGCGCUGACGUGUGUAGUGGGAUGAUGA